GUCUAAGGGUGCGAAAAAGUCGUUGACAGUAAAGUGCUUGUCGUUGUGGAAAAGAAAGAGAGUGGAGGGGUGGUCGCUGUGACGCAUGGGUUGCUUUGGGUGGGGGAUUCAGAGCCUGCCAAAUCUCUUGGCCAGCGCCUAAACACUUCCACCGCGCUUUCACUACGAGUAGGCCAUUGUUCUCUCUUUUCUUUGUUCGUCUGUUCACUCCUCAAUGAUCACAUCAUGUCGCGGGCUCGACUUCCCAAAAGAGCUCUCACCACUCUGUACCACCUGCGAUUCGAGCGUUUUCCGAACUCUUUGAAUUGUGCCAGGUUCAAUAAUACCCAAGGCAUUGCCAGUGAUGAUCGCCAUCCUCUACAAAUUCCCUUCUCACGUCGCCUCGAGGCUUGGAAUCCAAACCGACUACACUGGAUCAUCAAGACUCCCGUGUCUAUCUCCAAGAAACGUACCGUUCGCUCCUGGGUCAUGAGAAGGUUUCGAGACACCUUUAUAGACGAAUUGGAAAAGAAUGGCUUCAACAGAUGGGGCGAACCUGUUGAUGCUACCAAGAGAAAGUCACCUCUUACCGGCGCCUUGGCCAUUACCAUUACUCCUCCUGCACUGACCGCUUCUGUUACAGAGGUGCGCGGAGUCUGCAAUUUGAUUCUACAAAAGAAUGUGAUCUCUCGUCAGAGGCCAUGAAAUCAGUUGUUUUCAUACAUCCAUGCCUUACCGACAUGCACCAGCAAGGAGAGGUCGAUCUCUCUUGAAGUGGUAUUUUGCUACCACUAUGGCACUGUCAAUUCGACCACGGCUGCCGCUCACUAUGGAUGAAGGUCAUGACUAGUG